UAUGCUUUAGCUAGACAAAAGAUACAUAGGGCAGAAAAAUGAGUCUCAAGUUCAUCCUAUUAAUAGCUUCACUUUUACUUUUAUGCAUCCCAUCUUCUGAAUCGGCAAUCCUUCCAUUUCUCAGAAACCAGAAAUUUUUCAAUGAAGAAGGAAGAAAGAUUCACAUUCGCAAGGAAAACAAGAUCAGCGUAAGAGUCAGCCGUUCACCUCCUGCCAAAGGCAGAAAUUGCUGCAAUGAUUAAAAGAAAAUCUGCACAAUAUUCCCAAAAUGAUCAGAGCUUAAAUACGUAAAGAGUAUUUGCUAAUUUGUACAAGUUUCAGGGGUAAAACGUAGUUGUUAAAACUCAAAGGCAUGUUUUCAACCUUCCAAUUUUUUUUUUUUGUUUCUCCUCCUGUAACAAACUCUUAUUCACUCCGCCUUGUUAUCA